UAAUGAAAUAUUCUUAUUAGCAAUCUCUUCAACAUAUGCUUAUCCCAUAUAUUAUUAGUGGUGUAUUAUGGUAAGACUAUUAAAAUAUUAAAGGAUUCCACUUUCAAAAUUUGUCGAAACUUUCUACCCAAAUUAAUUGAUCUCUUAAUUCAUUGUCGAUCUAAUAGCAACAUUUAUUGUUUUUGUUUAAUCUAUUUUAAUCAAGUAAGUCAUUCAAACUUAUUUAAAUAUAGAAAUUCCUCUAUUUAUGAUCCAUAUUGGCAUAUAAUCCCAAUGUAUUUUACAGCAUAUUGGUGUUUAGAAAGUUAAACAUGGUGGCCUGUAUUAGUUUGCUUUUUUUAUUGUAUUAAACAAGAUAUAAGUUAUUUUAGAUUUUGGCCAGGUAUAUUAGUUUUAUUAUUAUCAUUAGGUCUCACUUAUGAAGAUUUUAGAUAUGAAGAAUUUAAAAAUAAAAUAAAUAAUAGUUUUAUUUAUUGGAUAUUUAGUUUAGUUGCAUUUCAUAUUUAUCCUACAAUUAUUGUAUAUUUGGGCUACAUUCCCUUAUAUUACACCAUCAAAGAAACUUAAGAGCAUAAUAUAUUAUUUGAAUUAGGGUUAAUAAUAUCAAUUAUUGCUGUGAUUAUUUAAUGGAUUGCAGAUUAUUAAUUAUAUCCAUAUAGAACAAAAUAAAAAAAAGGAGAUUGUGAUGUUGGAUUAUGGAAAUAUUCUAGACAUCCUAAUUACUUUGGAGAAUGUUUAUUUUGGUGGGGUAUGUACAUUGCAGCAUUAUCAUUUGGAAUGUAAUAUUGGUAUUGGGGAAUUGGAGCUUUUGGAAUUCAGAUUAUGUUUUUAACCUAUUCUAUUCCAAAUAUGGAGUCUCAUUUAUUAAAAAAAAGACCUUCAUAUAGCAAAUAUCAAUCUGAGGUUAGUUGUUUUAUUCCUUGGUUUAGAAAGAGUUCUAAACCUAAAUGAG